CGGAAGCGGCGCGCCCGGCCGGGCUUCGUUCUGCUGGCCAUGGGGCGCCCGUGGGAGAAGCUGCUGAGCCUGGCGCUGGGCUGUGGCGGCGCCGCCGCGCCUCCCGUCGAAGGCCCCGUGCUUCGCCGCCCGUGGACGCGCGCGCUGCGGCGCUGGCUGCUGCGGCCGCCGGAGCCCCCGUACAAGCACGUGUGCCAGGUGGGCGAGCCGGCGCUGCGGGCCGUGGCGGCGCCCGUGGAUCCGGCGCAGCUGGCGGGGCCCGAGGCGCAGGCGCUGAUCGCGCGCCUGGUGCGGGUGAUGCGCGCGCGGGGCGCCGUGGGGCUGAGCGCGCCGCAGCUCGGGGUGCCGCUGCAGGUGCUCGCCCUCGAGUUCCCCGAGAGCCUGCUGCUCAGCUACCCUCCGGCCGUGCGCCAGGCCCGCCGCAUGGCCCCCAGUCCUCUGCGCGUGUUCGUCAACCCGCAGGUGCGCGUGCUCGACUCGCGCCUCGUCUCCUUCCCCGAGGGCUGCCUCAGCGUGGCGGGCUUCGUGGCGUGCGUGCCGCGCUGCCAGGCCGUGCAGAUCGAAGGAUUGAAUGAAAAUGGAGAAUCUGUGGUGUGGCAGGCAAGCGGAUGGCUUGCCCGGAUUAUACAGCAUGAGAUGGACCACUUGCAAGGCUGUCUCUUCAUUGACAAAAUGGACAGCAAGACUUUUACAAAUGUACGGUGGAUGGAAGUAAAUGAUUGAAGUCCUUAUCUCCAUCACAAAUUGGGAAAAGGCAUCUUCCAGUAACUGUACCUUUAGGCCAGCCAUGUUUGAAGUAAAUCAUGUGCGUGGCCUACGUUCUGCUGAUCACAAUGGUUGGUAAUUUAUGUGCUGAUUCAGGAAAUACUUCUAAUGAAAUUAGUGCUGUGGGCAAAAUAGUUGACCUCCAUUUUGAAAAGGAAUAAUUAUUGCUUGGAUUUAUCUAAUAAAAAGGGCGACAUAUAGUGAAUAAAAGACUCCCCUUAGGUUAGGAAAAUCUGGAUGUGAAUCUUGGCUUUGAGAAUAUAGUAGCUGCUUGGCCACGGACAAGUCACAUAAAUGCAUGAGCCCUGCAAACUGAGACAUAGACAUGUUGCCAAAGCCUUUGAGAAAGGGAUUUUAUAUACUGGGAGCAUAAAUUAUAAUUCCAAAUAAGAAUAAAAAUAAAUUUAUUGAGUGGAUAACACAGUACUUUUUUUUCCCCCUGAGGCAAUUGGG